AAACUUUUUCAUCUUACAGAAGGCACAUCACAGAUAUAUGAAAAGAAAAUAUUUCGUGGGAAUUAAAAGCGCAAACCCCUAACCAGAAGGCAACCAAAUUGAGUGUUUGAAGUCUGUGAUUAUCGUCUUCAAUGGCGUCCGAUGCUGAUAUGGAAGAUUAUGGGUUUGAGUACUCUGAAGAUGAACAAGAAGAGCAGGACGUGGACAUUGAGAAUCAGUAUUACAAUUCUAAAGGUUUGAUUGAGACUGAUCCUGAAGGUGCCCUUGCUGGUUUUGCUGAGGUAGUUGAGAUGGAACCAGAAAAGGCAGAAUGGGGAUUUAAAGCUCUUAAACAGACAGUCAAGCUUCAUUAUCAUUUAGGGAGGUACAAAGAUAUGAUGGAAGCCUAUAAAGUGAUGUUGACGUACAUCAAGUCAGCAGUGACUAGGAACUACAGUGAGAAGUGCUUAAACAGUAUUAUGGAUUUCGUUUCUGGGUCAGCCAGCCAGAAUUUUGCGCUUUUGCAAGAAUUCUAUCAGACUACUCUGAAGGCACUGGAGGAGGCUAAAAAUGAAAGGUUGUGGUUCAAAACAAAUCUGAAGCUUUGCAAGAUUUGGUUUGACAUGGGUGAGUAUGGCCGGAUGAACAAGAUAAUGAAGGAAGUCCAUAGAUCAUGCCAAAAGCCGGAUGGUAGUGAUGAUCAAAAGAAAGGUACCCAGCUUUUGGAAGUGUAUGCUAUAGAGAUUCAAAUGUACACUGAAACAAAAAACAACAAGAAACUCAAGCAACUGUAUCAAAAAGCACUAACAGUUAAAUCAGCAAUACCUCACCCAAGAAUAAUGGGAAUUAUUCGCGAGUGUGGUGGUAAAAUGCAUAUGGCAGAGCGCCAGUGGGCAGAAGCGGCGACAGACUUUUUUGAAGCUUUUAAGAAUUAUGAUGAAGCAGGGAAUCAAAGGCGAAUCCAGUGUCUGAAGUACUUAGUUUUGGCGAACAUGUUGAUGGAGUCUGAAGUUAAUCCAUUUGAUGGGCAGGAAGCAAAGCCAUACAAGAAUGACCCUGAAAUUUUGGCAAUGACUAACUUAAUUGCAGCAUAUCAACGGAAUGAAAUAGUGGAAUUUGAAAAGAUACUCAAGAGUAACAGAAGAACUAUUAUGGAUGAUCCUUUUAUCAGGAAUUACAUUGAGGAUCUUCUUAAAAAUAUCAGAACACAAGUUUUGCUUAAGCUUAUCAAGCCAUACACAAGGAUUAGGAUACCAUUCAUAUCAAAGGAGCUUAACGUGCCGGAGGGUGAUGUUGAGCAGCUGUUGAUCUCACUAAUAUUGGACAAUCGGGUACAAGGACAUAUUGAUCAAGUAAAUAGACUGUUGGAGCGUGGUGACAGGUCGAAAGGAAUGAGAAAGUAUGCUGCCAUAGAUAAAUGGAACACACAACUUAAGUCUCUUUAUCAAACCGUAGGUAGCAGAGUAGCUUGAGUUCCUAAGAAAGUUGGGGUGAUUUGACUGGCACAGGUUCUCUGAACCCAGUUUGGUGAACUUAAAAAUGGCAAGGCUUAAUUUAGUAAACCGGUAAGAGACUGGGCAGAUUCAAGGAUUAUCGUUGUCAGGUUGUCACUUUUUCAAUAUGGAGAUUAUAUACAGUACAUAAUAUGCUCAACCCCAAAGGUACAGAGAACAUGGGGUUUCUUUGGGGAGCACUUUAGUGGUAUUUGUAGUGAAAAAUAGGAUGGACAUACAUGAAAUACAAAUGUUUUACUUUCAUAUUUCUAUUUUCUGUUCUUGCU